AUCAUCGAUAAGAACAACACUCGACCCUAGCGGCCUACCAACGAACUACGUAUGCCGGCACGCACCGAAACAACUGGCAGCAUAGGAGGAAGAUUAAGAUUCAACCGAUUUUGAAAUUAAGCAAAAUUAUUAUAAUGGAACUUCCUCGUCCCCCAGAAGACAUAGAACUUCGUAACAUAAUCGACAAGUUGGCUCAGUUCGUGGCAAGAAAUGGCCCAGAAUUUGAGCAAAUGACAAAGAACAAACAGCGAGAUAACCCAAAAUUUGGAUUCCUAUUUGGAGGAGAGCUUUUCAACUACUAUCAGUACCGUGUCACAACAGAGCAAGGCAUUCUCAAGCAAAAAUAUGUUCGGGAACAAAGUCAACCAAUGAGCUACCCUCUCAAUUAUGGUCCACCUCCCAAUGCAGAACACCCUGGCCCUGGCUUCAACCGAAAUUACAACUACGGCCCAUCAUGGCCAAGGCCUCACCAACAACCACCAGUACCCAGCCCAAUGUCCUAUCCCGGGCAAAAUCCUAUCCCUCCCCAAACAGAUCUGGUUGCCUUAAAAGGAGCAAAGGAUGUACUGGUUGCCCAGCAGACUCAACUUCAAGAACAGAUCAAGCAAAGUGAGAGCAAUUUGGCAGCUCAACAUCAGGUGACAGUUCAACAGCAGAAAAAGCAAACAGAAGAAACUGUCAAACUGCAGCAUGAGAAAGAAGUUAUGGAGAAAGCACUUGCAUGUGGCAUGAACUUGGCAGAGUUUGAAUUGCUUUUGCUGCCCAUUAUGGAGUCUUGCACAAAAGAAUCAAUCUCACAGGGAAAAGCAUGGAUCCUCCACCAUGUGCUGCAAGCACAUUCCUCUUCUGAUGCCAUUGCACAAUACCUCCUCUUCAAAACAAUUCAGAGCAGCCAAUUUACCCACAAACUUCAUUUGAUUUAUUUGGUCAACGACGUACUACAUCACUGCCUCCGAAAAGGACCUGAUACACUUUUAAAAACUCUCGAGCAAGUUGUCGUUCACAUGUUUUCUAAUACUAGUCUGGUGGCAUCCGACGAAGAACAAAACGCAAAGUUACAAAAGUUGGUCGUUUUGUGGCAAUCGAAAGGCAACUUGUUUGAGCGUGGUGUACUAGACAGGUUACACGCGCCUUUGCAAUUGUGGAACGAGUACCAUAAUAGUUUGGCGGCCAAAUACUCCGCAGCCGUAAUAAAUGCCACUACCCACAUACAGCAUACUUACGAAAACUAUCGGAGCCAGCAUCAAGCAUUCGUCAAUCAUGCAAACCACCAGAUCCAGCAGUUGGAACAACAAAAACUUCAAAUUGAAGAACAGAUUGCCGCCGCUGCCAGUUUACAGCCAUACAGUGCUCCCCAUCACGCUAUGCCUCCCGAUUUUCUUUCUCGUCCGCCGCCUAUUGCUGCCCUCAACACCCCGCAAAAGUAUCCGUCGGAAGGAAUCGAACCAAAGGCACCCUAUUUCGACUUGCCGGCGGGAUUAUUAGUUCCACUCGUGAAAAUGGAAGAUAGCGAGUACAAGAGCAUCGAUCCGAAAGAUAUCCGUCUUCCUGCGCCCCUCCCCCCUUCAGAGCGAUUGAUUGCCGCCAUCGAUUUCUUUUACUCUCCUCUCUCACAUGAUCGACCACGCAACGCUGAUGGAUGGGAACAAAUGGCAUUGUUUGAAUUUUACAAAAAUAAAGCAGCUGGCAAGAAGAAGAAAGAAGAUGACAUUGCUGCAGGAUUACGAGAAUUGUCGCCGCCUCCUACUCCUAUCGAGGCUGUAGAAGAAUCUUCUCAAGAAAUGGGUGGUAAAAAUGGACUUAAAAGUCCAGUUCGUCGACGCUUCCGCAGCGAGUCACCAGAGGAAGAGCUUAAAGAAGAAACGAGACGGGCUAGAUCAAGAUCGGGAUCACCAAGGGGCUCACAAAAACGCCGCAGAAGUCGAUCUAAUUCAGAAUCACCUCGUCGGACUGUACGUUCUACAUCUCCUACACCUACUCGUUCGGAAUCGAGAUCAAAUUCGCCUGUUGCUAUGACAAGAUUUCAGCCAAAAAGGAGUCCUACACCACCUUCAGAAAUGGCAUCUCUUUCCUUCGCUAAAGGAUUCACGAACAAGUUGGACGAAAAUAAUCGAGGACAUCAACUGCUUUGUAAAAUGGGUUGGGGAGGAGCUGGUCUCGGUGCAAACGAACAGGGAAUUGCAGAACCCAUUAAAGGGGGAGAGGCGCGCGAUCGCGUAGAUCAAUUCAAAGGUGUCGGUAUCAAUAUUCGUGAUCCAUUUGAAAACUUCCGCAAAAGCAAAGGCCAAGCGUUCAUUACCAGAAUGCGUUCACGCGCUGAAGAAAGAGAGAAAGAAAAAGGCGAUCCUGAUGAACCUCCUACACCCUAACCCACUCACUGGCAAUUUUGUUGCAAUUACGAAAAUAAAAGUUGAAUUUUCUAAUUA